AUGGCGGACCCUUCAACCUACACUGUUGGGUGGAUCUGCACCUUGACAACAGAGCUAGUUGCGGCAAAAAGCUUUUUGAUGAAGACAUCUUUACCCAGAGCCGAAUACGGCAUAGCCCCAGCUGCGUCUGUAGCCAGAGACAUGUUGAGAACCUUUCCCAAUAUUCGGGUUGGACUUAUGGUCGGUAUUGGUGGCGGUGCUCCGCGCCCCGAGCAUGAUAUCCGUCUUGGAGAUGUCGUUGUUAGCGUCCCUCCGGGAGCGAAAGGGCGAGUCCUUCAUCAUAACCGCGAAGCGAAUUAUGAAGGUCAAGGCCAUGAACUGAAGGAAAGAAUCGAAAAAGCACUCAGCAAAAGACCUCGCCUCAGGAAACGGUAUGGUCGCCCCUUAGCAGCGACAGACAGGCUCUAUGAAUCCAGCCACAUUCAUAGCGAAUCUCCAAAGUCUACAGCAUGUAAAGACAACUGUGGCGAGGAAAACGUCAUCUCCAGAGAGGGCCGAGGCGAUGAUGAAGAUGACCCAAUGAUUCAUUAUGGUCUCAUUGCCAGCUCCGACAAGCUCAUGAAGGACGCAACUAUCCGGGAUAAGUUAGCCAGGGAGGAGGGAGAAUGGCAAGGUUUUGCAGCAAUGACUGCUGCAGCAUAUGCGAAGGAGUUGCUUCAGAAGAUUGUGCCAACCGAAAUACAACAUGAGAAGCCUCUUGGGAAGGUACUUGGUGAGAGUGAGAUCAAUGAGAGUCUGCAAAGCAUUACUGCGAGUGUGAAAGGCACCAGUGAGACCGUAAAUUCCAUUCAGAGUGAAAAGCGACGCUUGGACAUAGAACGCUGGCUCAAUCCUCCGAGGUACUCGACAAAUGUCGUCAAAGCCAAGAAGCGCCGUCAUGCUGGUUCUGGACUCUGGUUCAUCCACAGUCCGAUUUCCGAGGAGUUCAAGGCUGGCACACGGAAACAUCUCUGGCUCCACGGGUUGGCUGGUUGUGGCAAAACAGUGCUAAGCUCUCGAAUUUUUGAUUAUCUCAAUGAUGCAAGUGGCAUUCCUACCCUAACAUACUACUUCGACUUCAACGAUGUUGAGAAACAAUCUCUCUAUGGCCUCCUCCGGUCGCUAGCGUUUCAACUCUGUCAAUGUGGAGGCGAAGCCGCACUAGCAAUGCUCUAUGAGCUAUUUACAUCCUGUGAAAAUGGUUCAAGAGAUCCAGAUGAGUCGCAUUUAGAAUCAUGCAUCAAGUCUAUGCUAGAUACUAUUGGUCGUGUGUUCAUUUUGAUCGACGCCUUGGAUGAGUGUAAAUCGAAAGACUCCCUUCUCACAUGGCUAAGCCGACUCGCAGAAGAAAAUGUGCAAUUCCUACUGACGGCUAGGCCUGAAGACGACUUUCAACAUCAGAUCGUUGAUUUAUUUGGUGAAGACAACUGUCUGAGUUUGGAUACGACCGCCGUCAACAACCACAUAAAGUCCUACGUUCGGUCAAUCCUUGAUACGAAUCCAAAAUUCACAAGGAAGAGUUUGAGCAAAGAGCUACGGAAUGAAAUUUGUACUAAAGUCGGAGACGAAGAAGAUGGAAUGUUUCGCUGGGCAGCUUGUCAGAUGGAUUCUCUUGAAGCUUGUCUGACUCCGAAUGAUGUCCGCGAGGCUCUUGUGUCCUUACCACCUACCCUGAGCGAGACCUACGAUCUAAUGCUGGAAAAUAUACCUCCUCAGUAUAAAAAGGGCUCACUUCGCCUGUUAAAUUUCAUAUUGAAUUGCGAGCAUCCUUUGAGCCCCCCUGAGGCUGUCGAGGUUCUAGCGACACGAUCAACACCUAAACAAGAUCGACUCAGGUUUGAUCCUGAAAAUAGGCUUUUCAACUUCUCCGAUAUUGAAAAGUAUUGUCCCAGUAUGAUCUCCAUAGUAGAGGUCAUAUGGGAGGAAUUCGAGGAAAUUACAUGCAAAGAAGUACAUCUCACUCACUUUUCUGUCAAGGAGUAUCUAAGACAAUGCAGCACUUUCUGCCCAUUGAAUUCUGCGAUUGCUAUCACCCAAACUUCACUCACUUACUUGAAAGAUAUCAAUGGCCCAUUCUAUCGUAUGUGCGCUGAAUUUCCCCUUGCGGCUCGUGCGGCGACUUUUUGCUGGACUCAGAGAAUAUCUCCAGGAGCUACCGGAUCUUUGCAUCGAACUUUUUUUGGUGUGAGAGUUCUGAAAGAAGACAAUGGAGUACUUUUCCUGCACAUCAUCACACCAUAUCAGAAGGUGCCUGUCCCCAUGGGAAUCCAGGGUUUUCAUCACGCUUGCAAGAGUGGACUGCAAGAAACCGUCAAAUACAUGUUGAGAAGCCCACAUUUCAAGGCCCGGGACGACGAAAAAGAAGCCUAUCUAGUCAUAGCAAUCCGCAACAAAGAUCCGGAGCUGGCCGAAAUACUCAUCAGACAUGGUGUUAGCCCUGAUGCAUCACACCCUUCAUACGGCCCGGCAGUCAACAAUGCGUCACAGGUGGGCCUCAGAAAUCUAGUAAAAGCUCUAAUCCAAGCCGGAGCCAAUGUAAACAGAUGGGAUAGGGCCAAUGACUGGAUGGCUGCUUUGAGUGCUGCAGCUGAACAUGGCCAUCUGGAGAUCGUAGAAGAUCUACUCAAGGCUGGAGCUCAUGUCGGGCUUCAAGAUUCUGUUAAACUAGCUCUUGCGAAUGGCCAUAACAAGAUAGUUGAAAUCCUCAGAGACAAGGCUUGCAAAGUUAGGCGUGUCACCGUUGAAUUACUCGAAAGUGCAGCCUCUCACAGGACAGUUGAGCUUGUUAGACGGCUCCUGGCUACUAACCCAUACCGCAGAUGCAAAUCUGCGGCCCUCUCGAAGGCGUGUGAGUCUGGGCGUGUUGAAAUUGCCAGGCUCCUCCUCUCCGAAGGUGCGGAGGUAGAGAUCGACUCUCUAUGGUAUUUUGAUGGUGCUGACAUGCCGCGCAAGUAA